CACAUCCAGAUGUAAAAUGUUGAUAAUUUUUAGAUCCUAGCUAUGGCCGGUGACGAAGAAGAUGGUGGAGGAGAAUUACGGAAACUAAAUAAGGAGAAUGAACAUGAAAAGAAAGAAGUAGGAGGACUAAAUGUGUCUAUAGAGCAAAAUGAGUACAGCAAGGUAGCAUUAAAAAAUAUGCUUGAAAUAAGGAAAGCUCGUAUAAGUGAAAUAUCCUCUCAGGAUUGUAGAGAACUAACGGGACGUUCUAGAUUUCAAAUACUUCAGAAGUUAAAAGCUCUUCAUCUUGAAAACAAACAAAAACCCCCUCUAGAACCUAAUGGAGAAGUUCCAGAGAUGAAAAGAAAGCAGAAUGAAAGGAUUACUGAUAAUAUUACGCUUAUUCAGAAGGAACCUGUAUCAAAAUCCUUGAAGCCUGGAAAUAGAGAGAAAAUCCUGGAUAUUCUUCGCAAAUCCAAACAGGCACAAGCACUCCAACAAGAACAGAAACAGGAACAAAAGCAAGAACAAGAACAAGAACCACAGCAACAGGAACAACAUCAGCAGCAACAACACCAACAAAAACAGCAACAACAGCAACAACAACAACACUCUAAGAAAAGUUCUUCCUUUGCUUCUGAUGGAAAAGAUGAAAAUUUAUCUGUUUCUCAAACAUCAGAGUUAUUGGAGAAUGCUAGAACAAAUAUUCUCCGAAGAAUUUCUUUCACGGCUAACAAGAAAACAAAUACGGCAGGGUAA